AUGGCCGUGGCUGCGCGGAAGUAUUGUUGCUGGAGGGCGCCCCAGGCGAAGCCUCGGCCCCGCCUCUUCGGCCUCUAUACCGCACACGACAUGCGCUUCGCCACCUACCACACUUUGCUCUUGACGGCGAUCUACUUGGCCGCCGUCUUCUCAGGCUGCACGGGCCGAGUCGGUCGAAAGUCGGGCUUGAACUUCGAGAUUUGGGUGGCGGUGUUUUUCGAAGCCGUGUUCACAACGUCCAUCCGUGCGUUUUUGACCGCAUCGCCAAUGAGUCCGAGCAAGGUCUUUCUGGCCGUGGUGCCAUUUUCCGCUCGCUUCGACCUGUUGCGGGACGCCACGCUCGUGGGAGCCUUCGUCCAGGUGGGCUCUACCUGGACGAUCCUCGGUGCAUCUGGCAUCAUCUGCAGCACGCUCCUGGCGUCGCUGGUCUCGUACGGGGACCGGGCAGACUGCUUGGAUGUUCGACGCUGCUUCUGGGCAGAAGGCGAGCGCCCGCCGCCACGUCUCGAGGAUACCCUGGACAAGGACCUCCUACGAUCCUUGCAGGGGGAGGAUGAGCAGACCGAGUCCUCCAACUGCAUAUAUGUAGAAGUCCGCAACGACAGCUCGGAGGAUGAGACCUUGCCGGCAGAUAGCCCCACACUGACCGCAGACGUCGAGCAUUCAGAGACUACCCAGGCUCUCUUGCAGAGGCUUUUGGUGUUCAUGGCCGAGUCAACGUCCCAUGCGAAGCAGUUGAAGGGCAUCCAUGAGCAGAUCCCGCAGGCUACCAUCGGCACGGCCGUCUCUUUGACCAUGAAAGCUCCCUCGCUGCUGGUUUUUCUCUGUGUGCUGACGACAUGGCUACAAGCAGCUACCAUCUACAUGGUCCGCCCUUUCGUCCUCUGCAUGCAGGCCGCGAAAGGCUUGGCCUGGGUCAACGCCUGCUUGUGGGACUUCAGCCGCGCCCGAGCCUGCUGCUGGUGGCGCCCGGCACUGGGCUCGGCCGCCUUCGCCUGUGUGGCUUUGGACGAGGAGAGCUCGUUGGAGCUGCGCAGCGGCGCCGCAGCAGCCCUUUGCGAGGAGGUGGAGGCAGAGCAAAGUCAAAGCUUGAAGGAUCUAGAGGCAGCGGUAUUCAAGCGUCUCGUGGCACAGGAGGGCUCUGAGGCCAUCAUCGAAGCCCUCGCGCAGGGGCCCAUCAGCGACGACCCGGAGCUCUCCGUGGCCCCGGGCAUAGCCAAGAAGUGGCGCCUGCUCGCUGCCAUUCUGGCGCGGACCUCGCAGGCGAACGUCAACUUUAUGCAAAUCACCCCGGAGAUCUUAGAGAAGGAGCUGCUGCCCCGCCUGGAGAAGGAGAGAUACCUCCCGCUCAAGUACGUGAACCUGAACGACAACAAGGAACUCUGCAAGACUAAGGAAGGGAUCGACCAGGUCCUGGAGCUCCUGAAGCGCUGCCCGAAGCUCGAAAGGCUGCGCCUGCAGCGCACCGGCAUCUCGGAGUACGCGGAGGGCAAGGCACGGCUACAGCAGGCAUGGGGUCCCCAAAGAGAGGCCAAGCUGCUGGAGUUGGAUGAGGCCCGCAAAUGA